GAAACUUCUUUCUUCAGACUCUUCUUGACCUUGUGCAUGUUGUAUAAAGAACAACAUGUUUUUAAGGGGGUGAAACUUUGACAUCGAAGCUCGGUGAUGUCUACAAGAUGUUGUUUGUGACUGUCAUAAAACAAGUUUAGAAACAUACAGGAUGGAACUAGACACUGUUCUGGAGACCCUUGGAGGUUACGGCACCUACCAAAUGCUGGUCUUUUUCGUUAUCUGCCUGGUUUGUAUGCGAGGAGCAUGGCAUCCCCUAGCAAGUGUCUUCAUAAGUGCAACUCCACCACACCAAUGUAGGCCUCCGGAAAAUUCCUCUCAUCUCUGGAUUUCCAGUCAAGGAGAAGAUGGAUCAAAAUGCCAGUUGUCCGGCAAUUUCAGUAAUAUGACUUCUGUGUCUGGAGAGUGUCGAGAUGGAUGGCUUUUUAACCUGGAACAUAUAGGAAGCACCAUUGUCAGUGAGUGGGACCUCGUCUGUGAUCGGGAAUACCUUCUGCCCCUCUCCACCUCAAUAUUUAUGGGCGGUGUCAUGGCGGGUGCACUCUUCAUAUCAGUCCUUGCUGACCGUUUGGGGCGUCGGCCAGUGAUGUGUGUCUGCCUUGCUCUACAAGCUGUUAUUGGGUUUGGUUCUGCAUUUGCCAAUGAUAUCAUUUUGUUUAUGAUCUUGAGGUUUAUUAUUGGCGCCCUUAAUCAGGGAAUUUCCCUUUCUGGGUAUGUCUUGGUAACUGAGCUUUUCCCGUCCCACUGUCGCACCCGCCCAGGGAUUGCCAUCCAGUUCUUCUGGGCAAUAGGAAUUAUGGUACUUGCUGGUCUGGCUUACUGGAUGCAAAAUUGGCGACACCUGCAAAUGAUGAUCUCAGUACCGAGUCUUGUACUGGCAGCUAGUUACUGGUUCAUUCCGGAAUCAUUACCUUGGCUUAUAGCAAAUAGAAAAGACACUGAGGUGGAAAAAACCCUGAACAAAAUUGCAAAAUUGAACAAAAAGACUUUACCAGCCAACUGCGUGAAUGACCUCUUUAAUCUAAAUGAGGAACUUAGUCACCAUGAUAGACAAUCAGAAAAUGGGAGCUUACCAAAUACUUCAUGUCAUCCUAUGAAUGCCAUUGUCCCAGAGGAACCUCAUGAUCACUCGGAGAAGGAAUUUGAGCAACUGGAUAAAAAAAAGGAUACCAACGGUUCUCAUGAGGUUGAUACUGGUACUCAAUCAACACUAGAUCAGGAAGAGGGUGCGUCAGAUCAUAUCGCCUCCGGGACAGAACUGCUCAGACAGCAAGAUGAGGCAGGUGACGCAGCAAAGGCAUAUCAUAUCUUUCAUCUCUUUACACGGCCAAAGAUGGCGAUGUAUACAAUCAUUAUUUGUUAUAUAUGGAUGGCGAACAGUCUUGACUACUAUGGCAUUUCCUUGAGUAUCUCUGAGCUGGCCGGAGAUCCAUACCUCAAUUUCUUUAUCAGUGGCCUGGUAGAGGUUCCUGCAUAUCUCGUCUGCAUGUUCUCUCUAGAAUAUUUACUUGACUACUAUGGCAUUUCCUUGAGUAUCUCUGAGCUGGCCGGAGAUCCAUACCUCAAUUUCUUUAUCAGUGGCCUGGUAGAGGUUCCUGCAUAUCUCGUCUGCAUGUUCUCUCUAGAAUAUUUUGGUCGACGCCUCCCUCUUUCAAUAUUUCAAUUGCUUGGUGGAUUUGCAAAUAUCUGCUGUAUAUUCAUUCCAUCCAAAACAGCAUCUGGGACAGAUCUCACACAUUAUAUCACAGCGCUGGCAAUGAUUGGCAAGUUUGGCAUCACUGGAUCCUUCUCUACAGUCUUUCUUUAUACAUCAGAGUUAUUUCCAACAUCCAUCAGGAACGGAAGUGUUGGGUUUUCUUCAUUCUGGGAUACAUUGGGUGCUCUUUUUGCUCCAUUUGUGAUUUACAGCGCCAAAACCAUUCCACAACUUCCUCAAGGUAUCUUCGGCGCCAUGGCAGUCCUCGCAGGCCUGCUCACACUCCUUUUACCAGAAACACUCAACAAACCUUUGCCAGAGACAAUUGAAGAGGUAGAAAACCUUCACAGGAAUCUACCUCAUACGUGCCAUUGCAAGAGAAGGAUAUUAGCAGACAGUUCUAUCGAAAAUGAUGUUGUAGGGUUUUGACUAAAGGAUUAUUUUUCAGUAGGUCAGAUUUAGAAUAUUGCAGGUGUGUUAGUAGUUUACUUUCUGCUUAAGCAAUGAUGAGGCCACAAAUCUUUUGUUUUUAGUGGGUUUGUUUGAUAUCGUAACAUAUCGUAACAUAUCGUAGCAUGUGCAAAUUGUUUCAGAUGUGUGCUUUGCUCAUUAUAAGAUAAUCUUAAUAAAUACCUUUUUUGUACA